AUGCGCAGCGCAAUAGGUAUUGAUUUUGGUACAGUUUCCUCACGUGUUGCUGUAUUUCAACAUGGAAGAGUUGAAAUCAUUUCUAAUGAUCAAGGAAACCGUACAACAUCAUCUUAUGUUGCAUUCACUGAUGAGGGAAUUUUGAUUGGUGAUGCAGCUAAAAAUCAAGUGGGCAGGAAUCCAACUAAUACAGUAUUUGAUAUUAAACGUCUUAUUGGACGCAAAUAUGAUGACCCAACAGUUCAGACUGAUAUGAAACAUUGGCCAUUUAAAAUAAUAAAUGAAAAUAGAAAACUUAAACUUCAAGUUGAAUAUAAAAAAAAAGUAAAAUUAUUUACAUUUGAAGAAAUUUCUUCAAUGAUAUUAACGAAAAUGAAAGAAAUAGCUGAAACUUAUCUUGGUAAAAGAGUAAGCGACGCUGUUAUAACUAUUCCGUCGCAUUUUAAUUAUUAUCAACGUCUAGCAAUACGAGAUGCUAGCGUUCUUGCUGGUCUUAAUGUUUUACGUAUUGUUAAUUCAACGUCAGCAACUGCUAUUGCUUAUGUAAUCGAUAAAAAAGUAUCAGGUCAACGAAAUGUUCUAAUUUUUGAUUUGGGUGGUGGUACCUGUGAUGUAUCGAUUAUAAUAAUUGAAGAAGGAAUUCUUGAGGUUAAAUCAACAGCUGGUAAUGCACAUUUGGGCGGUAAAGAUUUUGACAAUCGAAUGGUUACACAUUUUAUGCGAAAGUUUAAACAUAGACAUGGUAAAGAUCUACGGGAAAAUAAACGUGCUAUUCAACGAUUACGUAUUGCGUGUAAACAGGCUAAGCAUACAUUAUCAUCAGCAUCACAAGCAGGAAUUGAACUCGAUUCAUUACAUGAAGGCAUCGAUUUUUAUUCAGCAAUAACUCGUGCACAUUUCGAAGAACUGAAUGCUGCUUUAUUCCGUUCAACACUUGAACCUGUUGAAAAAGCUUUACGUGAUGCAAAAAUGGAUAAAGCACAAAUUCACGAUAUUGUUCUUGUUGGAGGUUCAACACGUAUUCCAAAAGUACAAAAGUUUUUACAAGAUUUGUUUAAUGGCAAGGAACUAACUAGAUCAAUUAAUCCAGAUGAAGCUGUUGCAUAUGGUGCUGCAAUUCAAGCUGCUGUAUUAACAGGCGAUAAAUCUGAAUGUAUCAAAGAUUUACUUUUACUCGAUGUGGCACCACUUUCAUUAGGUAUCGAAACUGUUGGUGGUGUUAUGACAGUCUUACUUAAACGUAAUAUAACGAUUCCAACAAAAGAAACCCAAACAUUUACAACCUAUUCGGAUAAUCAAUCAGGUGUUUUAAUUAAAGUUUAUGAAGGCGAAUGUGCAAUGACAAGAGAUAAUCAUUUAUUAGGAACGUUUGCAUUGAUGGAUAUUUCACCAGCUCCACGUGGUAUACCACAAAUUGCAGUAACAAUCAAUAUCGAUGCAGAUUAUAUAAUAAAUGUUUCGGCUUUCGAUAAAAGUUCUAAAAAUGAAAAUAAAAUUACAAUUACAAAUGAUACAGGAUAUUUGUCAAAAGACGAACUUGAACUACCUCUAUUGUGUUAUGAUGUAAUAUAUGAAGAAAUAAAUGAAAUCCUGGGUACAAAUAUUGCUGCGAAGAAACCAUUAAAAUCUUAUUGUUUGAAGAUGAAAAAAAUAAUUAAUGCUAAAACAGUAGGAGAUAAAAUAAGUGGUGAUGAGAAGAAGAAAAUGCUCGAUGCUAUUGAAGAUAUAUUGAAAUGCUUAUCAUUUAUUGCUUUAGAUACUAGUCCUUUCUAUAAUGCAUGUCGAAAUAAUAAUAUUGAUUUGGUUAAAAAAUAUUUGCAAGAAAUGUCAUUAGAAGAAAUUAAUAAAUUAGAACCGAAUGGAUCUACUGCACUCCAUGUCGCUGCAUAUCGAGGACAUGAAGAAAUAGUUCAACUAUUACUACAAAAAGAUGCUUGUUAUACAACAGUGAAUAAAUAUAAUUGUACUCCAUUGGAUGAAGCUAAAACUGAUAGAAUAAAGCAGAUGAUCCGUCGUCGUAUGAAUAAAACUCGUUUUAUUAGUGAAUCCAUCGAAUGGAUUUUACAGACAGACAAGGCAGAUUUUCAAGCACAUCAAUAUUGGACAAAAUUGGAAACAUAUGGACGAGAUCCACAAUUUCAUAAAUUGAUUGACUAUAUAAAAAGAAACUAUCUUGAAAAAGAUUUAAAAAUUGAUUUCUUUGAAAUGUCGAUUAAUGAUGAUGCAUUAAUAUGGAUCGAUUUAGAAAUGGAUGGAUUAGAUCUAACCAAAAAUUUUAUCUUAGAAAUUGCUUGUAUUAUUACUGAUUUCGAUUUAAAGGAAAUUUAUCAAGGACCUGAUCUUGUUAUUCAUCAUCCAAAAUCAUUACUUGAUGCUAUGGGACCAUGGUGUAUGGAACAUCAUACAAAAUCAGGUCUUGUUCAACAAGUUUUAGAUAGUAAAUUAUCAAUGUUGGAUGCUGAAAAUGAAAUAAUAAAUUUUAUUAAACAAAUAACAUUAUUAUCAACAAAUAAAAAACGUCUUAUUCUUGCUGGUAAUUCUGUUUAUGUUGAUCGAUAUUUUCUUGAAAAAGAUAUGCCAUAUUUAAAUUCUUUACUUGAUCAAUCAAUUCUUGAUUGUAGUACAUUAAAAGAAUUAAUUCAUCGUUUUAAUUAUAAAAUUUAUUUUAAUGCACCAAUUAAAUCUGGAAAUCUUCAUCGUGCAUUAGAUGAUAUUCGUAAUAGUAUAGAAGAAUUAAAAUAUUAUCAAAAAACAGCAUUUAAUGAAGAAAAACAACAAGAUAAAUUACCUAUAAUAAAAAAUCUUACACAAUAUCUUAUAUGGAUUAAUAUUAAUUCAAUAACAUUAAUACAUUGUAUUUUAACUGAUAAUAAUCUUAAUAUAAUUGAUGAAAUUAUUGAUGGAAAAACAGAUGAUGAUUUAAUGAAAAUUUUUUAUCGAAAUAAUAUUUAUCAAGAAAAACUUAUUGUUGUUGCUGGUAAAUUUUUAGGUCCAAUUCGUGCUCAAUUAAAAGAAUUAACACCUCAAUUUAAUGAAUUUUGUCAUUAUCGAUCAAUUGAUAUUGAUGUUAUAUCAAUUCUAUGUGAAAAAUGGUUUCCAAAUAUAUAUGAACAACGACCUUUUAAGAAUGAUAAUGAUAAUAAUUUAAAAAAUUCUAUUGAACUUCUUCGUUUUUAUCGUUCGACUAUAUUUAAAUAG